AUGAAAUUUUUGUCGCUUCUCCCGGCUCUCGCUUAUCUAACUGGGGCGUUAGCAAAGGAGCCACUUGGACCAAAGUCCUGGUACUUGGAAGACUCCUUCGAUAAGUUUCAACAAAAUGCUAUUGUUAACAAUCUUUUCGAGGUGAAGGAGUUUGGCGAAGAGGACAAAGAUAAAGACUGUCCGCCAUGUUUCAAUUGCAAUCUACCUAAUCACCGGUGUGCUCAAUUCUCAAAGUGCAAUACGUUUACAGGCAUGUGUGAGUGUCACGAAGGCUUUGGUGGUCUGGACUGCUCGGAGCCUUUGUGUGGCUCUCUUGCCAGAGAUAAUUCAAAAAGACCACCUCGAGGCAACGAGACCUCAUGUUCGUGUGACGAUGGUUGGGACGGCAUCAACUGUAACAUUUGUACAGAUGAUUCUGUCUGUGAUGCUUUUAUGCCCGAGGGUCUCAAGGGAGUUUGUUACCAGCGAGGCGUUGUCAUAAACGAGAUUCACCAGAUGUGCAAUGUGACCAAUCCCAAGAUUAUCAAGAUUUUAGAGGGUGAGAUCCCCCAAGCCACUUUUAGAUGUGACAAGAAGAACAACACUUGCGAUUUCCAAUUCUGGAUUGAUGAAGUCGAAUCUUUCUUUUGUGAUUUGAGUCUGUGCAAGUUUGAUUACGACCUUGAGUCAAACACCACCCGCUACAACUGUGACAAUGUGGCUUGCGAGUGCUUGCCUGGACGUAUGCUCUGUGGCAAAUCUGGCUCAAUUGAUAUCUCGGAGUUUCUUGAAAAAACUAUCAAGGGUCCAGGUGACUUCACCUGUGACAUUACCGGUGGAGAGUGUCGUUUCUCCGAACCCAGCAUGAAUGGAUUGAUCUCAUCGGUGUUUGGUGAUCCAUACAUCAUGAUCAAGUGUAAAGCAGGUGAGUGUGUCCAUAAGAGUGAAAUUCCAGGAUAUGACCUUCCUGACCGCAACAAGUUCACUUGGUACAAUCUCUUCACCAUUGCAGCAGUAGUUGCAGUUGUGGGAGUCGCUAUAAUUACUUCGAUCUACCAUAUCAAGAACAGUCCGCUUUUCAAGACAGGCUCUAUGCUGGGCUAUGAUGAUGACAAUGAUUUCAACCCAUUGAAUGAGAACUUCACGCCUACUACUUUAUCCUUCAAGGACGUUUCUUAUCAUCUUGGUGGUGGUUCUCAAGUUUUGAACAGCAUCUACGGUUUGGUCAAUCCAGGUGAGUGUCUCGCCAUCAUGGGUGGGUCAGGUGCUGGUAAGACCACCCUUCUCGAUAUCUUGGCUGGUAAGCGCAAGAGUGGUAAAACGUCUGGGGAAAUUUUUGUGAACGGACAAGUGCUUGAUCGUCAUGAUUACAGAAAGAUUGUGGGUUUUGUGGAUCAGGAAGAUCAUUUGAUUCCUACGUUAACUGUAUACGAGACUGUCCUCAACAGUGCCUUAUUGAGACUCCCUAGAAUCAUGCCUUUGCAUUCCAAGAUUUCAAGAGUGAUCGAGGUCUUGAACGAGUUGAGAAUUCUCAAUAUCAAGGACAGAGUUGUUGGUUCUGAUUUCAAUAGAGGAAUUUCGGGUGGUGAGAAGAGAAGAGUGUCGAUUGCUUGCGAGCUUGUCACGUCUCCAUCUAUUUUGUUCUUGGACGAACCAACUUCUGGUCUUGAUGCUUAUAAUGCUAGAAAUGUUGUUGACUGUCUAGUCAAGUUGGCAAAGAAUUACAACAGAACGAUAGUCUUCACCAUUCACCAGCCAAGAUCCAACAUUGUCUCAUUAUUCCACAAGCUUUUGUUGCUCAGUGAAGGUGAUUUAAUAUACUCCGGAGACCUUAUCAAGGCAAACGACUUCUUCUCGAAACAUGGCUACAGAUGUCCUCCAGGCUAUAACAUUGCUGAUUACCUUAUUGACAUCACAAUGGACCACAAGAAGGUUGUGCGGGUUCCCGAUACUGAGGAGGAUGUUCAUGCCGCAUUCACAAACCCAGAAAACACCGAGGUGGAUGAAACUGCUGAGUGGGAGCACUAUGCUACUCAUCGCGAUGAAUACAAUUUCCAGCCUUUAGCGCAGCGUGACAAUGGCGACAAAUUAAUUCAGCUUCACAAAAAGUUGCCUCAAACCUUCAAUGAGUCAGUGCUUGCUAUAGAGCUCAAGCAGGAGAUUGAAGAAUCCAAGCAAAGCUCUGCAGCUCUCGACGUGCUGCAUCAUCUUUUGAAGAAGGCAUCGUUGUUCACGCAAUUCACAGUCUUGAGCUCGAGAACGUUCAAGAACUUGUACAGAAACCCAAAGUUGCUUCUCACAAACUAUGUCUUGUCUUUGCUUGUCGGUCUUUUCUGCGGUUCGCUUUACUACAAGGUUUCGAAUGACAUCAGUGGAUUCCAAAACAGAUUGGGUUUGUUCUUCUUCGUCUUGGCAUUGUUUGGUUUCUCUUCAUUGACUGGCUUGCACUCAUUUGCUGAGGAAAGAAUCAUCUUCAUUCGUGAGAGAGCUAACAACUACUACAACCCAUUCAGUUACUACGUGAGUAAAGUGUUGUGUGACAUCAUCCCAUUGCGUGUGUUGCCACCUAUCAUCUUGCUAAGCAUUUUAUACCCACUUGUUGGGUUGACAAUGGAGCACAACGGUUUCCUCAAGGCUCUUUUGGUGCUCGUUAUGUUCAAUGUUGCCAUUGCGUCAGAGGUGUUGAUUGUGGGUAUCUUGAUCAAGGAUCCUGGUACGUCCACUAUCCUGGCCGUUUUAAUUCUUCUCUUCUCGAUGUUGUUUGCCGGUCUUUUUAUCAACAGCGAAGACCUCAAGGUACAAACCAAAUGGUUGCAGUGGAUCUCUCUUUUCCACUACGCCUAUGAGGCACUUGCAAUCAACGAAGUGAAGGAUUUGAUAUUAAAGGAGAAGAAGUAUGGACUCUCUAUUGAAGUCCCAGGUGCUGUUAUUUUGAGUACCUUUGGUUUCGAGGUCUCUGCUUACUGGAAGGAUGUAAGCUACUUGAUCGGCUGGGCCGCUACAUUCCUUGUACUUGGCUAUGUCUUCUUGCACUUCUUGACGUACGAGAGAAGGUAA